AUGUCGUUGGAAGAGAAGCAAGCGGCGGCGCUGCGCCGACGCCGGCGCGCGUUCCUGGAUGAGGUCGAGCGCAUCAAGAAGAGGCAGGGAGGCAUCACAAAGUCGCAGGAGCAGAUCCUCGAGGGGGUGUACGAGCUCGAACCCAUCCCGGACUGGCGAACCGAGGCUCGACUGGCGAUGCAGCUCGGGCUCGACUCGCUCGCGGUCACCGCGUGGUUCAAGGCGCGGCGGAAGAAGCAGAAGCGGGCGAACAUACGGUACUGGUACACCGUCAUCGUGGGGGUGCUUUUCGUCUUGGGUCUCGUGCUCUACUUCCACGAGCUCGGCGGGCUGUCGGACAUGCUGAAGAAGAGGCGACUGGGCGGGCCACCGAACAAGCGGUUCUUCACCAAGUCGGGUCUGCCGCGCCCGUACAGGGUCAAGCCGCCGGGCGCGAAGAGGUUCCAGGCCCCGAAGGACCCGCCGAAGAAUCAGAAGAAGGACGCCGCCGCCGGCUCCGGCGGCGGCGACAGCGGGGGCAAGGACUCCGCAAAGGCCAAAUCGUCGUCGAGCUCGUCGUUCUUCGGCGGGUCGGCGACGAAGGCGUCCACGGUGCGGUACGCGAAGCCGACGUACGAGCAGGAGGCGGCGGGCAGACGACGGAAUGAGUGA